UGAUAACCUACUGGAAUUUUAAUAUGUGCAUUGCCAUAUUUAAACAAUGCAGGAAGAUGUUACUACUCAACGAGUUGUUGAGAUAGUUGCAGUGGGAUUUUGCCAAGAGAACUGAUGCCUCAAAGUGUUACUGCAAGGCUUCCAACCUCAGAGGAGCUCGAUGCCUAUGCACAUGAGCAAUGGGAGUGUUUCUUGCUGCAACUUAUAAGUUCGGGACAAGCUGAAAAAUCAACGAGCUUCAGCUCUUCCAUGAUGAGAAUUUUUCAGCGUGGUCUUUUGCGUCAGAGAGAUAAAGAAGCUCCAAGAUUAACUGAGAGUGGUUUCCAAUUCUUGUUGAUGGAUACAAAUGCUCAGCUUUGGUAUAUUAUCAGAGAGUAUAUCUCCAAUUCAGAGGUAUAUUUGAUGAGAUAAUUAUUGUGUUCUGCUUGGAACUUGUUUGUUAGAGCUAUUGUGUUUUGCUGUUGUUAAGUUCUUGAAGGGGAAAUUGGCAUGAAUUUAUUGUAAAAUUUUAUUUGGUAUUGGUUUAUUAGUAUAUAUUAUCCUCUUAAAUGUGGAUGUACCUAAGGGGGUGUGACUGUGCGCAUGCACUAAAGUAAUAGCUUGUGUAUUCUUGUGUGCUUGAGCAUUAGCAGCUACUUUUAGUUCAAGGGAAAAAUGUACCAUUUCUAUAUGGGACUUUUGGUUGUACAAGUGUUUGUGGAUUGAUGGAUCCAUAUACUGAUAAGCUUAAUGAAGGAAAAAUAGAAAUUGGCUCCUUGUCUUGGCCUUAUA